AUGCCAUGUAGGAUUCGAUCUGAAUGUGAGGUGCUCGUUAAUGUGCUGUCCCAAGGUCCUGAGGCUUGGCCGCAGCGAUGCUUCUCGAUGAUGGUAGUUAUGCAUAAGAUCUUCGACUCGACGACAUUAGUUGAACUUCUUUGGAUUCCUCGUAGCCAUAAUUAUCGUGCAGAUUGGGUGGCUCAGUCUCAGAAUCAUUCCAUGCUCCCUCAUGAAUGGCUCACUAUUCUUGAACCCAUGUCUGAUGAGACCGACCUUUGA